AUGAGGUUGAUCGCGCGAACUCAGGAGAUAUACAAGGAAAAGAGGUUGUUCAAAUUGGAAGGUAUAGUAGAGGUGUUGGGAGCCAGAGUGCAAAUGUUAGAGGAACAAGCUAUAAUUAGGAAGAACUAUGGUAUGAAGGUGGGGAAGCAUAAUGACAAUGAAGAAGAAGUUUCGUUAAUUAGUCAAUUCGAAUUCGGUGAUAGUGAUGAUACUUCCAUGGGCAACAAUAGCACAAUUCGGAAAGGGCAGUCCAGUGAUACUGGAGGAAGUCAAGGGAGGAGAUUGGAAGAGUUGGAGACGAAUUGUAUGGCUCUGAACGAGAAAGGUCGAUGA